CCGAUUGCAGUUAUUACGUGCUAAACUUGCCCAUCAAGGCUUUGAUAUGUCGGAUCGAAUGAAGCAGGCCAUGAGCAGCACCGGUCAACGUGAGCCAGGUAAGGUUUUCGACAUGGCAUGGCUCGUCGAUUCCUUCAUUGCAGUCAUGACUCAGUGUCGUGUUUAACUCCCUUCUUGUGUGCUAGUGGCCAAGCCGUGGCUCUCUCGUAUGCCUGUGGGCGAUAAACCUGUGAUUAUAUCCUUUUUUGAUACCAUUGAACCUAGUGUGACGUAUUUCGAUGCAUUUCAUAUAAAUCCUUGACCGACGGAUAUUACGUCGCAAAUGGGAUAAUUCCACCUCGACGGAAAAGGCAGCGUACUAUGAUAGGAAAGGCAAAUGAUACACAUUCCCAAGACGAAGCAUCUGAGGAGAAGCUGCCAAGAAAUUAUGAUACGCUUCAGCCUUUGCUGACAGCUUUACACCACCUGACCCUUCCCAAUUCGACCCAUGAAAACAAAGGUUCUUUCUUACUCCAAUUACUCGAAUUACCGUACAACGAUAUGAAAUAUGUGUGUGAAAACGUGGAUUUCCAACUGUGGCCCGCGGAUUUGCUUGCGGAUUUAUGCAGUGCUAUUCAGGCGUCCAAGGAUGUGACCCAUCCAUGUAUGACGAUCCUGAUACACAAGGCAGUGUACCCUCAUAUUUUAUCUCUGGAUUCUUCAUUAUCGCGCGUGAUGAUGAAUCCUCUGUUAUCCAUCGGUCAAAGCAUGGGAAAACCUGUGCUGGAUGGCCUCAUCUUGCCACUCUUGCGACAUGAAACCAUCGGGCGCAUUCAGUUGGAUGUGGCUAAUAAAUUGGUCACUCAUUCGUUGUCACCCUCCAUUCGGCUUUUACUACUAAGAGCUCUCGCCACCAAUGAAUUCAACGGUCCUUUACCUGAAAAAAGUAUAGCAUUGGAUGUGUGGAACGAUGACAUUGCACAGAUUAUCAAUAACGUCUUGAGUACGCCGCCGCUCCUCGAUUUGGACUCAACGUUACUGCUUAUGGUGAUACAUAAAUUGGAACGAAUGGUCGAUAAGGAUCCGAAGAACAAGAGCGGUAUGCAAGUGUUACUGGUGCUGACCAGCAAAUAUGGCCAGACAGUGGCCGAAACGGGCUGCAUUGAAGCUGCAGAAAUGGUGGCAACCAAAAGCACCAUGUUCCUCAAGCGGUCGAUUCUCGGCAAACUCACCGGUCUGAGGAAGAAAUUACAAUUGUUUCAUGUACAAUAAGCAACGGGUCGACGUCCCGAGUUGGAUUCAACAUGAAACGAGAACAAAUCAAAUGACCGAAUUUAACCGCAAAAUGAGCAAUGACAGUAUGAUGCUGUGCAUGAUGUCCAUGCAUAGCUUCCUAAAAUGUACCCAAAGAAAAAGAUGCAUUGCGACAGAACCAAUGGCGCCAUUUUCGCUUAAAGAAGCUUUUUUGUCUUUUUUAAUUUCGUCUCAAGUAUAAUGACCGACUUGUAUCAUCUCCUCCCCUUUGCCCAUUGUUGCACGCGAACGCCAUUCCCCCCACGCCUCACCCCCCAUCCUUAAUCCGUCUUUCUUUGUAUUUGUAAAUUCUCUGUUUUUUUCGUCCUCCGCCAUAAUACUCGAGAAACACAAAUUUUCAACCAAGCACUUGGUUGUUAUGGUCACACCAAAAGGAAUAAAAAAAAAAGACAGGCAUGGAGAUAGAUCAAUUUUUGGGU